AUGCCAAAACCUCCACAACCACCUUGUACUAAGGACAAGGAAACUCAACUACGUGAACAGCAAGAAGCAGAAAUCAAAAGAAGAGCCUACAGAGAAAACAAGCAAAAUGCAAGAAAGAAAGUCAAACACGCCCGAUUUGAAGAACCUACCGACGUUAGUCCUGUUGACUUGCCAAGAAAGAGAUUCUACCGUCAGCGAGCCCAUUCUAAUCCAUUCUCCGAUCAUCGAUUAGACUAUCCAAACUCCCCUGAUACCAUGGACUGGUCGAAAAUGUACCCAAACUUCUACGAUUCAGAAUUAGGUAAAAUGACAUCCAAAGUUGAAAUCGCCGAUAUUGGAUGCGGAUAUGGUGGGUUAUUGACUCAAUUAGGACCACUGUUCCCAGAAUCCUUGGUUUUAGGUAUGGAAAUCAGAGUUCAAGUUACACAAUAUGUCGAAGACAGAAUCAUUGCUCUUCGAAACAAACAUGCGCAAGAUGACUACAAAUAUGAUAAUAUUUCCGUGAUUAGAGGAAAUGCCAUGAAGUUCUUGCCUAACUUCUUUUAUAAGUCACAAUUAUCCAAGAUGUUCUUUUGUUUCCCAGAUCCUCAUUUCAAACAAAGAAAACAUAAGGCGAGAAUCAUUACCAAUACCCUCUUGUCUGAAUAUGCAUACGUUCUUAAAGAAGGUGGUGUGAUAUAUACAAUCACCGAUGUUGAAGAUUUGCAUAAUUGGAUGGUUCAACAUUUAGAUGAACAUCCUUUAUUUGAAAGAUUAAGUAAGGAAUGGGAAGACCAAGACAAGUGUGUUGAAAUCAUGUAUAAUUCGACGGAGGAAGGUCAAAAGGUUACUCGUAAUAAAGGCUCCAAGUGGGUAGCUUGCUACAGACGUUUACCUAAUCCUGAAGAAUGUGUAUAG